AUGAGGACUCUGACGCAAGAGGAUCCGGGAGACAACCAGAUAACCCUGGAGGAGGUAGUGCAGAUGCUGCUGGAAUCGCUAUCCCGAAGCGCUCCUCCCACGUGGACAGCGGCGGUUGUCUUCCCAAAGGUCAGCAACCUGAUAGCAUCCGAAAUCCUGCGGAACGAGGAGAUCAACGCCCGCGUGAGCGCCAUAGAGAAGUGGGUGGCGGUGGCGGACAUCUGCAGGUGUCUGCACAACUACAACGCGGUGCUGGAGAUCACCUCCUCCCUGAACCGCAGCGCGAUCUUCCGGCUCAAGAAAACGUGGCUCAAGGUCUCCAAGCAGGUAGGGUGGCGUGGACGGACCCUGCGCGGCGGAGGCCAGCCGGCGAGCGGCCUGGAAGGCCGGGUGCAAAGGCUGCGUGCGUGACGCAAGAAACACACCUUGGAAGAACAGUUAGAAAGCGGAAAAAGAUUCGUGUAGGUCUUUUGCGAGAGGGAGACGGUUUGCAGAUCCUCCAGGCCCUGCGUUGCUGUCAGGUUUAUUCGCCCUGAAGGUUGGACGUGCAGUUAGAGAAAUCCUUUCUGAAGAGAGAUUGUUGCCACGCGCAUGCACACUCACAAUAUUCUUUAAACUUAGUUUUGGGGCUACUUGGACCAGCAAAAUUAAUUCAUGUGUCAGUUUAUUUGGCACAGAAAUAGCUCGUAUCUGUGCAGUAGCAGAGCCUAACUGCGAGUGCAGGGGCUGCUGGAACCGCAACGGCUGUGCGGGCUCCUCUCUGAACCUAAAACACAGUUUGUUUGGUGGGUUUGGGGUUGGUUGGUUUGUUUUUCCUUCUCUCUGCAAAGUGAAAAACCUCUAGAUUAAAGCAGGCACUGGGAGAUGGAGAAGGUGGGAGGCAGGGGAAGGAAACGAGUCCAGAGAUGAUCUUUGUUAUGUGUUGGAGGAGGUUAAGUGCUCGCUCAGCUCCUGCGGCCGUCCGGCUC